AUGGUUUUAAAUGAGAAUGAAGAGAUGGAGUUAGGGAUUGAUGAUGUUGAGAUAGAUCAUGAAAAAGAAAGUGAUUGGAAAGGAUUAAAUAAUUUUUCAGGCGAAUUUAAAAAUAGUGAAAAGGGUCAAGAUUUGUCUAUUCUUGAGUCUAAUGUAGUGGACAUAGCAGAAACUGAAUCACUAAACACGCUGCGCACUGAAGCUUUGUAUUUAAAGGGUGUGGAAGAUAUGUCUACAGAGGAUGUAGAAAAAUAUUGUAUCACUUAUUAUUUAGCUGUCUCUCCUUUGAUUGAAUGGAUUGAUGAUUCAUCAUGUAAUUUAGUAUAUCCGGAUGCUUCUACCGCAUUAUCUGCACUUUCUUGUAUUUCUCAAUCUAAGAUUGAUACAUUGUAUGUUAAUUCUCUUGUACCGGCAAAAAUGAAUCCAAAGCAUAAUAAUAUACAAUUAUUUAUAAGGCAUUCUAAAACUUCUGAUAAGAAGGCCCCAGGUGCAAGAGAAAGAAGUAGAUGGUAUCUUUUUCAUCCGCAUCCUAGUGAGAAAAGGGAUUCAAUACAUCGUCAUAAACGGGAUGUCUUUCAACGAUCUAAUUCACAUAAGCGUAUAAGACAUCGGCACAGUGUAGCGACUGAUUCAUUGUUUAAAAAAAAUAGACCUUUAUUAUUAUCAAUGUUACAUGAUUCUUUAUCUUCGCAUUCAAAACAUGAUUUUCAAAUAUCUGAAAAAUAUUCAUUAUCUGAUUCUUCAAGGAGUAAUAUUGAAUUGUUUCCAGAAAAAUUAUCGAUACCUAAAGUAAAUCGUUUUGUCCAGAUAUUACAUUCUUCAACAGAUACUGCUACUCUCAGUGAAUUGGAUAAAAUACCACAUAAAGAGUUGUUUCCUGAAAAAUUACAAAAGCUAACUUGUAAAGAACAAUUUUUUGAGGAAUUGAAAAAAACAACUCAUAAUCAAGUGUUAUCUCAAGAAUUGAAUAAAGUAUUUCACAAAGAGCUUUUUCCUGAAAAAUUAUUAGAUUCUAAAAGACAAGUUGGUUAUUUUUCUUCUAACGAUAAUAUAACAGAGAAGAUACCUCUUACUUUGACUAUAAGAGGCUCAUCAAAAUGUAGAAAUAAAGCAGCGAAUAUGUUUUAA